UAGCUCACAAGGACUUUUCGCUGCUUUGGCUUCAAGUGCUGCAGCGUGAUGAUGAAGGGCGCUAAGGCCUUUACCCUUUCCGACAUUUUGGUAAAGUGUUUGCUGAGUUCUUUUUCAGAUAAAUCCGCAUUCGUUCACCUGGUAAAACAUGGGAUCGUAUCCUUAAAUAAUCUGGGCACGUUGGGCGUUUUGCAGAAGCAAGAUGACGGAAACGUUCUUGUGAUGAAUUCCACGGUUAAACAGGUCCGAACAUCGAGAAUCUUUGCACAGAUCGGUAGCCAAAUCGUCAAUAAUAACCAAGUUUUUGCUGCGUUUGUUGUCGCCGAAAACGUUGGAAAAAUUAUGCAGACCGACUACUGGAACAGCACCCUACGAAACCAAACAAUCGAACAAUAUGACCUUUCAAAUAUUAGCAAAAACGCAACGGUCGGAUUUCAUGGAGCAGUGUAAGAUUGGGAGUGUCUUUAAGCCAUCAACUCCGGUCAUACCUCUUGAAUCGACCCAUAUACGGAAAAACAAUAAGCGGCAACCACUUUCCGGAACGAAGCUGUUCUUUCUUGACGAUGGCGCCACAGACAAUAAUGCAACU